GGAAGCCAGCAGAUCUGGCGACUCAGUGCCGAUCCGAGACCAGAUUCAUACUAGACUCGGUAUCAUUACGACGAAUACUGCAAUAGAAACGAUGAACUUGCGUGAUACUUGAAGGGAAUAUACAAUUAGCUUUAUCUUGGCUGCAGUAGCCCUUUCAUUUGAUACCUGUCGCUUUCUGUACUCAACACCAAUUUACCAGACAAAGAAGACUGUGGGGAGACAUUCAUCCUCCCCCCCUCAAAGGUUGUCUUUAAACCUUUCUGUUCUUUUUUUUUUAAAGAACCUUGUUGGUUUGAUAUUUUUGGCAGUAGUGGACUGAUAUACCGAACAGCAAAGUGGAUUUAACGGGACCGUCGCCGCUGUCCACCUUAUCUCCAAGAUGCUAAUGGUGUCUCCGCGUUUACUAGUCGACACACCUCGCAUGGAGCCCGUACUGUCUGGAUCACUGAAGAGGAGGCUGACUGCGACCGAGGGGGCCUACCAGGGAGGUUUACGGCAGGGCCAAGGGCCCGGUAACGGCCCCGGUCUGGGCCCCGGUUCAGGUCUGGGUCUGAACGGUACCUCCUACGCUACCUCCAUGACCCAGGGUCCUGGGGUGCCCGCCAAGCGACUCUGCCUGGAGGAUGUGACCCUCGCCAUGGGUAGCGGCUUCCAGCAGAGUCCUUACUCUGGAGGACCGAGUUCUGGAGGUCAUGGAGGUCCUGGAAGUCAGGGGUCACUGGAAGGUAACAGGCUGGGGAACGGUAACUCCGGGCUGGGGUCGCCUUACUCAAUGCCCCCUAAGGCGAGUCCAGGGUCUGCAGGUGGUGGUGGAGGACAUUUUCACCCCAAUGGAAGCUCCUCGUCGGCCCCAUCGGUUGAGCAGGAGCUGCAAGAUAUUCUGGAUGAACUGACUAAGAACCCGGAUCCGUCGUUGACGGAGUUGGAUCUUGACAAGAUACUGGGGAAUAAAGAGGAGCAGAAUCAGAACCAAGGGCAUGGGCCGGGGUAUAUCCACCCACACUCGCCCAAACACUCCCCCCAGAGACCCACCUCUCACCUGGAGAGCCACCUCACCCGUUCCCCAGGCUUUCCCCAGGCCGGGUCUCCCCAAGUAGGCCCGAGUCCGGCUGGAGCUCCCUACUCCAUCCCCCACCCCUCCAAACCAGUCCCCUCACCCCUAUCGGCCUCUCCUCAUCACUCCUCUUCCUCCUCUUCGUCCCAGAAUCAAGCUCGUUCUCCAAUGCUCUCAGCCGCCCUUUCGUCUCGCCCUGGUUCCACGUGGCACGAAGUAUCGCGAGCCCAACAGCUCCAGCAAAUGGCGUCCAACUCCAACAAACACCUUUCCUCCAACACCCCUAUCCAGCAGAACCAGUCCCAGAACCAGACCCAGGCCUCUAUCCCUCCUCUAUCCCAGCAAGGCUCACCCUGGGGCGGGCAGAAACUGCCCAACCUCCCCAACUCCUCCCCGCUCCACCAGCAACCAUUCAGCCCUGCUGGAAGCAUCCAGAGCCCCCAGGGAUCGCUGAGUCUCCCAUCCGCUGGUCCUUCGCCACCCUACCACCCAGAGAAGCUAGGCAGUCCGGCUAUCGCCCAACCCCCCUUCAGCCCACAGAGUACCCUUCUACCUGGAGGAACGACUACCACAUCCAGCACUUCAUCCAACAUCCAGGGGUCCCAGGCCAACUACAUGCCCAGCGGAGUUGCACCGACAUCGGGCACCACAAGGCUCUCGCCCCCCUACAGGACGGACAAGCCCCAUAUUAGUCCGUUGAUUCAACCCCAGCCUCAACCUCAACCCCAGAACCAACCCCAAACCCAACAUCCAAAUCCAUACAGCACCCAGAACGGGUCAGGACCCAACAACAAUAUGUCUAGCCAGCUCUACAAAGCCAUGACUGCAGGUCAACCCAGCAGCCUCAAGCUACUAAUGCAACAACAACAACAACAACAACAACAACAACAACAACAGUCGAACACACAGCAGCUACAGACUAACGCCCAGCUGGGACAACACCCGUCCAUGUCCAAACCAGGCGGUGGUGGUGGUGUACCCCACCAAGAACCCCCAUACUCCUUCACUAACACCAAACCCCUUCGCCACUUUGACCCCAACCCGGACCACCAAGGUGGACAGCAGCAGAAGAUGGGGGGAGGGGGACCCCCUGGACAGGGACCCCCCAACCCCAUGGCAGGUUAUCGGGGAAUGCAGCAUGGGGGUGCUGCCGGAACAGCAGCAUCUGUAGCAGCGAACCACGCCCAUUUACUACAGCAGAGGAUGCAGCAGAUGGCAGCGAUGCAACAGGCCACAGCAGGAGCCUUGGGAGGGCCACAGCACUGUAGAGAGGAGCAGACCCCAGGUCUUCAGGACCCAUCGGGCCCCCGUCCAACCCAGACCAACUACAAUAACCUGCUGCUCAUCAGGAGACACCUACAACAGGAGCAGAAGAGGCAGAUGGAACAGAUGAAUGGAGUACAGAUGGACCAGAUGAAUGGAGUACAGAUGGAGCAGAUGAAUGGAGUACAGAUGGCUGAGUGCCAGCAGGGGGCAACAUUUACAGGUGGUGGUCGGCCUCUCCCUCCAGAUUGUGGUGGAGGCGGAGGUUACCCCCUGGGUGUUGCCCAGCUAUCCCAUGGUGGUCCCCUCCCAUCUGGGCCCGGCCACCUCUCCCUUCCCCCUGGACAUCCAGGCCACCCAGGCCAACCCGGACCCCCAGGAUCUCUCACCCAAGUGGGCAGACCGGUUAGCGCCUUCAUGGGUGGUCCUCCAGGCUCCAAGCAGCCCCUCUAUCACCCUUCACAGGGUGGUGGGUUUGUUGGUGCUGGUGGUUUGCCAAUGAGACAACCACAGCUGGCACACGGCAUGAUGGGAAUGGGCGGUCCGGCUGGUCCUCCAAGGCCUGGGAUGCAGCAACAGGUGUCCAGGACGGGGAUGACAAUCGGGGGGUUGGGGCCCGGGUCAGCGCCUGGGUCGGGGUCUGGUCACCCACAGCAUCUACGACAGGCCCUGCACCAUAGUGGUGGAGGGGCACCACUCCCACGUAUGAUGUUUACUGCUCAGCAAACACACCAACAACAACAGCAACAGCCUGCAAUGUGGCCUCCGCAGCAGCAUGGGGGGCUAGUGAAUUCCAUGCAACAUCGCAUGCCCUGCAGCGAUGGCCACAUGGACCCGUCGGCUAAUCACCAGCAGUCCCACGGACACAUAUUUCCUGGAGGGGUUGGGGGCGCCAACGGAAGCUGCAACCCGAACCCCAACGCCCAGUUUACCCAGCAGGCAUUGCGGUCGGGGAUGCCCGGAGGCGGGGGUGGUAACAAUUUUGCCCCCCACCAAGGACCUCCAUCGUUACCCUCCAACCAAGGGGUCGGGGUGCCGUCCUUACCCAGGAGACUGAUGCAGAAGCUGGUUGUAUCCACGGCAGGGCAGCCCCUACCCUCCAUGGUCCACCAAGGGCUUCAGCCUGGUAUGAGGCCCAGGGGACCUCUCUCGGCCAUGGCUGGGAUGAAACCCAUUCCCCCUGGUAUGAUCCACCACCCAGGCCACGGUAUGGCCCCACCUAGCUAUCCUGCCUCUGGGGCCGUCGUCGCCAAACACCCCCACCCACACCAACAUCCCCAUCCCCAUGGGCCCGGGUAUGGACCAGGUCAGGGGAACCCUGGACACAAGCUACCCCCGUAUGAGUACACACAGCAGGGGCAGAGUAAUGGCGGGAUGGGGGGUAGACCUGGUGGUGGUGGAGGAGGGGAGGUAGACUUUAUUGACACUCUGGUGGGGUCGAACGAGGACUGGCUCAAUAACCUCACUAUGAUAGACGAGUACCUGGAGCAGAACUCAUAGGAGUGGGGUCAAAGGUUAAAUGUCAGGGGUCAGUAAAUUGAACUCAUUCCUGUAUAGAAACACUGGGGUUAGGAGUGUGAAAUGGACAGGGGAUAUAAAAGGCGUAUGAAGGCUUUAUAACUGGUAAUAACAGGUGUGUGUACCUUUCUAGAAGGUUGUAGGAAGUGCCAUGGUUAUACCUAACUUGAAAGGACGGUUUGAGUGAAUGUGAUUAGUUGCUUCAGAGUGAUCGGAGCACUACACAGCCAAUCCGCUGCUGCCGCAUAAACCAACCUCCCACCCCAAAAUGGCUACAUUCCCCGCAAGGUGUGCUGUCCCUUAUCGCUGGAGGCCAUGUUGGAAAGAGGGAAUAGCCAAAAAACGGAACUCGCGGAACACAGAACACACAGAACCUCAUCAUCGCGUGGUUACCUGGGAAACAGAAGCUUCGCUCUAAAGAGCUAGCAACAGAGUAGUGGAGUCCAAGAAUUCUCAUUGGUUGUUUCUAUGUCUGAAGCUUGAACAGUGGACUAAUAAAGUUGUUUGAAAUCCUCUCCCUUGUAGGGAUUUCUCCUAUCAAAGGGAUAGGUGUAUAAAACACACUGUGAUUGGAUAAAAUCAAUGUCCUUCAGCAAUGCAAUUGGUCCAAUGUUUUUCAGUGUAUUGUUGUGAUCUGUUUCUAAAAUAGCAGUUGAAUUUGCAACACCAAAUCUGAGGUUUACUUUUGUAUCAAAGUAAUUGGGUGUGAUUUGGAAGCACAGCUCAAAAACACAUCAAUAGCAGAUUAACCAUUCGGAUUAUCUCCUGCUCUCACAUAAGGUCUUUGAGCCAAUCAAAGGUGAACUAAUAUACAGGGAAAUACAGCCAAUCCCUGAUCAAUUUGGGGUAAUAUAAAUCACUGAUUGGCCAAAGAAACUACAGAGGUGAUCAGCCAAUGUUGCCAUGGCAAUUUGUUAUCACUAUUUUGAUUGAGAUCAGGCAUGUGGGGGCUUGUACAUAGUAAACUAUUUUGAUUGGGAUCAGGCAUGUGGGGGCUUGUACAUAGUAAACUAUUUCUAUUGGGAUCAGGUGUGUGGGGGCUUGUACAUAGUAAACUAUUUCUAUUGGGAUCAGGUGUGUGGGGGCUUGUACAUAGUAAACUAUUUCUAUUGGGAUCAGGUGUGUGGGGGCUUGUACAUAGUAAACUAUUUCUAUUGGGAUCAGGUGUGUGGGGGCUUGUACAUAGUAAACUAUUUUGGUAAACUGUAUCAUACACAAAAGAGAAGUACACAUAUUUAUACUUCUUUUCUGCAGAUUAAAAGUCUUCAGAUUCCCUUUGUACAUAAAUAAUUUAAAAAAGACUGAAAUUAUAGCUCACAAAAUGAAAUCUGUUUUCCACUAGAAGAAUCGUAUUUUAAUUUGUUUUAAACAUGCAAGACAAUACAGUUUGGGUUUUUUCUCAGUAAUACUGUGUAUUACAAUGUUAUGACAUAUUUGUUAUGUUUUUGACAUAACUCGACUCCUGGUGCCCCAAUGGCCAAGGGUUCUUUUGAAAGGUGAUGGAGAACAUUUACAAACACACACACCAUCUCUCACUCUGGCACUACCCCGCACUCCAUACCUGUGAGGUGAAAGUUGAAAGUUGAUAAUCUUGGUCCAUCUACUAUAGUGUAAUAUCUUUGUUCACAGACAAUAUAUCUGUCAAUUUAGACAUUAUCAACAUUUCAUUACAAUCCAAGACUACAGUAUAAUCUGUUAAAUCUGUAUGACCUUUUCACAAGGUAAACAACACGUAAAGUGGAAGGCACUAUCAUAGAAUUAGAAUGAGUAGAACAGGCAUACCCAUUCAACUCAAUUAUGCUAUUGGGUUCCAAUUCCGUUUUUUUGUUCUAUUUCUAAUGCCACUUUGCUAUGUAUGUCAUUCCAAUACCCACAACAAUCUACUGUGCUGCACUCUAUAAGGACACGUGUCAAUAGUCUAGAGUUGGCUCCUCUCCUUGUCUCCUUUCCUUCAUUCACACUGAUCUGAACAAAAUUACUGGUCCGGUGAAAGCUGGUUUGCUAGUAGGAUUCCGCCAUAUUGCUUUCACCUAUCCUAUUCCUAUCCAUUCACAUUGGUGCUGAUGACAGAGAGGAGACUAGGAGAGUAAGCUUGUUAUGACUAUUAGGAGGCACCCCCAGUAGGGUUUCCCCUACCUUAGGACCACACAGGCAGGUGGACGGCGAUUUAUAAGCCAUGACAAGGGGUUAAUCGAUUAUCUGUGAUUACAUUUUUGUUCUUGUCUUGAGUUUUUUUUUUAUAUAUAAUAAACUGUAUAGAUGGAAAAAAA